UUUGAAAUGGCCACCGCACUGGAACUGAGCAGCAGCGAGAUUCGCGGUGUGUGCCAGCGUUACCUUCAUCAGGAUGUUGCAGAAUCAAAUCCAGGAUUCGAUAUCAUUAGCUAUCAGCUGAAGCCCACAUCGGAUGCACCGGCUGGUUAUCUGGGAAGACACUUGUACCUGCAGGUCACCCUGAAGCUCCAUGAAUCGGAGGAACCCCGCCAGCUGACUUUCUUCUCCAAAUCCGCACCCGAGGGCAAUGCUUCCCGAAUGGAGUAUCUGGAGGACUUUGGUGUCUUCCAGAAGGAGAUCGCUGUCUACCAGAAUGUCCUGCCUGAACUCCACAAGGCCUGUGCCGACGUGGCUCCAAAGUGUUAUUAUGCGGACAAGAAUCUCCUUGUUUUUGAGAAUCUCGCCGAUCAGGGAUAUCGCAUGGGUGCAAGUCGUGAUGGUUUGCUCUCGUACGAGCAGCUGCACUGCUGUCUGAAGACCCUGGCUGCCUUGCAUGCGGGUUCCAUCAUCCAGGAGCACAAAACGGGAAAGAAACUUACAGAAACUCAGCCAAAAUCGGUGGUGGAGAAUGCCUAUCCCAGCGAUGUGGGUCCCGAGCAUCUGCGAUGGGUGAACUUUCAGAAUGCCUGCCUGGUGCUCAAGGAGUUCAUUAAACUGAUGCCCAAAUAUCAGGACAAGUUGGACUAUAUCUUGGAGAAUUUUACUGAAAGGAUGUCCUAUAUUUUUGAGGCUGUCAAGACCUCGGAAAAGUAUCCCAAUACCCUGCUCCAUAACGAUUUGUGGGCCAAUAACAUUAUGUUCCAGUAUGGGAAAUAUGGCGAAAGUCCACUACAGUGUCGCCUCGUGGACUUCCAGCUGGCCCGGUAUGCUCCACCUGCCUUGGAUGUUCUUACAGUCCUCACUAUACCCACAUCGAAGCAGUUCCGGGAAGCCCAUCUCCAGGAACUUUUGGCGGAAUAUUAUCGCUUUAUGACCGAGUUUCUGAAACGUGCCAAUCUGGAUAUAGCUCGAUUUUUGCCCGAAAAGUGCUUCUACGAUUCGGUGGAGGAAUUUCACAGCAUUGGCCUCAUCGAGAGCUGUCUCUUUUGCCACUUGGUCACCCUACCACCGGAAUCCACCAAGAAGCUGACCAGCUCUGCCGAUGGCUUCAGGGAUUUUUUUAGCAAUCGACGCAUUGAGAUCUGUGUGGAGGCCUUUAAGACAGAUGAAGUGUACAGAAAUCGUUUGAUGGACAUGCUCCAGGACUUUGUGGAUAAUUUUGUUAUCAAGGGGGAAAAGUAAAUUGUAUUUAUUGCUAAGAAAAAUUAUAAACAUUAUAGAAAAAUGGGGUAUACAUAUAUAUAUUCUUUUAAUUAAAUUUUAAAAUCUAUAAAAAGAUAAAAUUCUGAUGUUUACAAAUUCAAACACAAAAUACAUAAAGUGCAGCUUCACUGUACAUCAAUACCAGA